AUGCUUCUAGAGAAAAGUGUUGAUGGAAAACUAAAACGAGGAACUACAAAUAUUGUGGCUGCAAAAUUUUCAGUUUCAGUUCGUUCGAUUCAGCGUAUAUGGAGACAAGCUAAACUGAGUGAAAAUGUUGUAGUUGUUCAUAAAAAGACGGGAAAUUGUGGGCGUAAAAGAAUUGAAAUUGAUUUGGAACAGAUUCGGAGCAUUCCUUUACAUAAGCGGACAAGUUUGGAAUCUUUAGCAUGUUCUAUAAAUGUGAGCAAAACUAGAGUGUUUAGUCUUCUCAAGUCCGGUGUGAUACGGCGACAUUCGAAUGCCAUAAAGCCUUUUCUAAAGGAGGAAAACAUGAGAGUUCGACUGCAAUUUUGCAUUUCAAUGCUUGAUGAUAGUAGCAUUCCUCGUGAUCCAAUUUUUAAAGAAAUGUACAACGUCAUUCAUAUUGACGAGAAGUGGUUUUACAUGACCAAAAAAUCGGAAAAAUACUACUUGUUGGCAGAAGAAGAAAAUCCGCUACGUACUUGUAAAAGUAAAAAUUUUAUUGGUAAAGUAAUGUUUUUAAGUGUUAUAGCUCGUCCAAGAUUCGAUUCACAAGGGAAUGAAAUCUUUAACGGAAAAAUUGGUCUUUUUCCUUUUGUUACGCAAGAGCCUGCUAGAAGAAACAGUAUUAAUAGAGCAGCAGGCACAUUAGAGACAAAGCCUUUAACUUCGGUAAAUAGUGAUAUCAUGAGAUCUUAUUUAAUUGAAAAACUAUUGCCAAAAAUAAAAGAAAAAUGGCCAAGAGAUGAUGUGAUGAAUCCGAUUUUUAUUCAGCAGGACAAUGCGAGAACUCAUGUGGAUAUUAAUGACGAAACUUUUUGUGCGACAGCUAGACAAGGAGGUUUCGAUAUUCGUUUAAUUGCUAUUCAAUCUCUGCAGUAUAGAGAAGCACCAAAAACCGUGGAUGAACUUAUAUCAGCUGUUGAACGAUCAUAUGAAUUAUUUGACGUGAGAAAAUCUAAUCGGAUAUUUGUAUCUUUGCAAUUAUGCAUGAUAGAAAUAAUGAAAGCAAAGGGGUCAAAUAAAUACAAGAUUCCGCACAUAAACAAGGCAAGGUUAGAAAAUCUCGAGGAGCUCCCUAACCAACUUAAGUGCGACGCUUCAUUGGUACAAGAAGUUAUGCACUAUUUAACCUAG